GUGUUGGCCAUGUUUUGGGGCCGAAUCAACGAAAAGGGCGCCUUUUGGGGGCUAAUCAUUGGUCUCGUGAUCGGCAUUAUUAGGUUUGUGAUGGAGUUCUCAUACAGUGUCCCGACGUGUGGUUCGGGAAUCGCGGACCCGAGACCUACCAUACUAUCAAAAUUGUAUCGCUUGACUUAUUGGUCGAGAGGUAGUCAUGAAGUGCGCCAAGAUAUAGACAACGAUGCGGUGGCGGAGACCGAGACAUGCGGACAGACAAACAAUGGUUUCGUCGUCGAAGACGGCACAGAAUCGGCAUCGACUGGACCUCAAAAUAACAACGUUGUGUCAAAAUCAGGUGAUAAUGAGAAUAGGAGUCGACUAUUGUAUACAUUAUGUUGUGUGGGCUCUGGGAAGAAGUCGGCCAUAGAAAGAGAGGAGAAAGGAUAUAACGGUAACGAUGGAGAAAAAGGUAUCAUACCAUUAACCAAAGAGGAGGAAGCGAUCCGUUGCUCUAAUGAUGUCAAAGAAACACCCGUUUGGCGAUCAGUGAAUAAUUUAUUUGCAAUUCUUGUGGUAGGGAUCGGAUCCUUUUUCUGGGGCUAUUAUGCCUGA